AUUUGCUUGGCUUCCUCACAACAAUCACAAGCUUCUAUAAGCCCAUAACCAUUUUCAAAGUAGUGAAGCAAAAAUGCCGCUUAAUAUUUUUGGAGGGCAAAAGAUAAAAGGCACAGUGGUGCUGAUGCAAAAGAAUGUGUUGGACAUAAACAGCAUAAUUAGUGCAGAGAAGAUUGCUGAUGGAAUCUUCGACGGAGUUACAUCAAUAUUUGAUACUCUUACUUCCUUCUUGGGCAGAUCAAUCUCCCUCCAGUUAAUCAGUGCUACCCAAGCUGAUUCAAGCGGGAAAGGAAAGCUCGGAAAUGCAGCUUAUGUAGAUGCUAUAAUCAACAAUUUGCCAACCUUGGGAGCAAGCCAAAAUGCAUGCAGUGUUUCUUUUGAUUAUGACAGUAGCUUUGGAAUUCCUGGAGCAUUUUACAUCAAAAACUAUAUGUCAACUGAGUUCCUCCUUGUCAGUGUGACUCUUGAAGAUAUUCCAAACCAUGGAACUAUCCACUUUGUUUGCAACUCUUGGAUUUACAACGCUAAAAAUUAUACAAGUGAUCGCAUUUUCUUCGCCAAUGAUACAUAUCUGCCAAGUAAAACACCAGCUCCACUAGUGUACUACAGACAACAAGAGCUGAAGACUUUAAGAGGAGAUGGAACUGGGGAACGCCAGGAAUGGGACAGGAUCUAUGAUUAUGAUGUCUACAAUGAUUUGGGCGAACCUGACAAGAGUGCUAGUUUAGCUCGUCCAGUUCUUGGAGGAUCUAGCACCUUUCCUUACCCUCGUAGGGGAAGAACAGGCAGAAAACCAACAGCCACAGAUCCUCAAACUGAGAGCAGAAGCAGCAGUUUCUACAUUCCAAGAGAUGAAGCUUUUGGUCAUUUGAAAUCCUCAGACUUUCUGACUUAUGGACUGAAGUCUAUUUCUCAAGAUGUGAUUCCUGCACUACAAUCAGUUUUUGAUAUAAACUUCACACCAAACGAGUUUGAUAGCUUCGGUGAUGUGUAUGAUUUAUACGAAGGAGGAAUUCAGCUGCCUACAGAUAUACUGAGUAAAAUUAGUCCUUUACCAGUGUUAAAGGAAGUCUUCAGAACUGAUGGUGAACAAUUCCUCAAGUUUCCACCUCCUAAAGUUAUUCAAGUGACUAAGUCAGAUUGGAAUACUGAUGAAGAAUUUGCAAGAGAGAUCAUUGCUGGUGUAAAUCCUUGUUUAGUUCACAUCCUUCAAGAGUUUCCUCCAAAAAGUAAGCUAGACAGUGGAGUCUAUGGGGAUCAUACAAGCACAAUUACCAAAGAACAAAUAGAGCUUAACUUAGAUGGGCUCACUACAGAUCAGGCUAUCCAGAACAAGAAAUUGUUCCUGCUAGAUCACCACGACACGAUAAUUCCAUAUCUAAGGCAGAUAAACUCAACAACCACAAAAGCUUAUGCUUCCAGAACCAUCCUUUUCUUGAAAAGUGAUGGAACUUUAAAGCCAGUGGCCAUUGAGUUAAGUUUGCCAAAUCCUCAAGGAGAUCAAUAUGGUGUUGUUAGCAAUGUCUACUUGCCUGCAGCUGAAGGUGUUGAAAGUUCUAUAUGGCUACUGGCAAAGGCUUAUGUUAUUGUGAAUGACUCUUGCUUUCAUCAACUUGUCAGCCACUGGUUAAAUACUCAUGCAGUUGUUGAACCAUUUGUCAUUGCAACAAACAGGCAGCUUAGUGUUAUUCAUCCUAUUUACAAGCUUCUAUUUCCUCACUACCGUGAUACCAUGAAUAUAAAUGCACUUGCAAGGUCAGCGUUAGUCAAUGCAGAAGGUAUCAUUGAAAAAACAUUCUUGUGGGGAAAAUAUGCCAUGGAAAUGUCUUCUGUAGUUUACAAGGAUUGGGUUUUUACGGACCAAGCACUGCCCGCUGAUCUCAUCAAGAGAGGAAUAGCAGUUGAGGAUUUCUCUGCCCCCCAUGGCCUUCGCCUUGUGAUAGAGGACUACCCUUAUGCAGUUGAUGGACUAGACAUUUGGGCUGCUAUUAAGACAUGGGUGCAAGAGUAUGUCUACUUAUACUACCCCUCAGAUGAUGCAAUUCAGCAAGACUCUGAACUCCAAGCUUGGUGGAAAGAACUUGUAGAGGUUGGUCAUGGUGACAAGAAAAAUGAGCCAUGGUGGCCUAAAAUGCAAACUCGUGCCGAGUUGAUUGAAUCAAGCACCACCCUCAUUUGGACUGCUUCAGCCCUUCAUGCAGCUGUUAAUUUUGGACAAUACCCAUAUGGAGGUCUCAUCUUAAACCGUCCAACUCUUAGCCGGCGAUUCAUGCCGGAGAAAGGUACUGCCGAGUAUGAUGAGCUGGUAACAAAUACUCAGAAGGCUUACUUGAGGACAAUUACACCAAAGCUUCAAACUCUCAUUGAUCUUUCAGUCAUUGAAAUAUUGUCAAGGCAUGCUUCUGAUGAGUACUACCUUGGGCAAAGAGACAGUGCUGAGUAUUGGACUUCUGAUGCAAAUGCCAUAGCAGCCUUCAAGAAGUUUGGAACAACGCUGGCUGAGAUUGAGGCACAACUCACAGUGAGGAACAACAAUGAGACGUUGAGGAACCGAGUUGGGCCAGUGAGCAUGCCUUACACUCUGCUCUAUCCUACAAGUGAGGAGGGACUUACUUUCAGGGGAAUCCCCAAUAGUGUCUCCAUCUAAAAGGGUGUACAGUGCAGAUGGUUUAUAAAUAAUUGUGGUUGUGGCUUUGAAAUAAUUCAUGUGAGAUAGGGAAUUUCAAUUCCUCUGUCCACUUAUGUAUAAUUAAGUAUAUUGCGUUUGAUUGCUUAAAUGUUGCUUAAAUGUUAAUUUGACAAUAAGAAAAGCUUGGAUUGUUGGUA